AUGUCAGACGUCCGAGGGCCGAGCCCCGUGGACGAGGCAGCCGGCAUCGCUACAACCCAUGGCUCGACCACGGCAGAAGCUGAGGUGUUUUGUUUUGGUGACAGCUGGGACCAAGUCUCCGCACAAUAUGCACUAGGUCUCAAUCGAGCUUCAGGGACUGGCAGCACGGGCGAGGGACUCCUUGGAUUCACAUUUCAAGGGGAUGGCGCCAUGAACGAUGUACAACUGUUCGACAGCACCACCGGCGUCCUGCGCCAGGACAGCAGUUGUGAGCCGGCAAGACUGGGCAACUAUGAGGUGAUACCUAGCGCCUCAGAUGCGAGCGGAGAGAAUAAUAGCUCAAGCGGAUCGUCAACCAAAUUCGAGCCUGAUCUGGGGAUGUCGGAGCGCGGGAAGAACCUCGAGAUGCUCUUGAGUCUGGCCUCAGACCUGCACUCGAAACUCGAGGCCCUGGUGCAGAGACCACUGCAACAAGGAGAGGACCCGGAGACUCUGGACGGCUACCACAUCGGCAGCGUUCUACACCUAUCGCAGGCAUUUGCCAACAUUGCAAUAGCGUGCCGGAGGUCUAGGUACUCGGGCUCCAGUUCAGACCCGGGCUCGGCCAUGUCAGAGCUGGUCAGCAGUGAUUGCGCAGCGACGACUUCAGAGUCGGGUCCCUGUAACGAUCCCUCGAUGGGCCUGAUCUUGCUGAGCUGCUACAUCACCCUGACUCAAGUGUGCACCACAGUCCUGGGUCACUUCCAAGCCCACCUCCGCUCGCGCCCAGGGACGCGCAACGGGGCCCCUCCCACGAGCACGACACUGGGCCCGCAGGGAUGUCUAGGUGAGCUGUUAGGGACUGACGCGCCACACAGUCGCAUACAUAUGGCCGUCUGCAUGCUGCUCCAGUCCCUCGGCCAGGUCGAAGAGGCCUUGGGUUUGCCGCUGCAGAUCCAUGUGGCCGGUGGUGGCUUCCAGCCGUGGGAGGGGAGCACGACUGAACGAACAGCAGUUCCUGCUGCCCUGGCCAAGCAGGACAUCUGCGCCGCCUUGGGGCGGUGGGGGGCACUCUCCAGCGUGGCUAGCAUCCAAGAAUCGUUUAACGUGCUGGAGCAGACGGUGGCAGACAUCAAGGAACUCCUGCGGGAGCGGAUGGGACUCUAG